AUGGCUCGCUUCACUAUACAUGCAGCACUUUUCGCUGGACUAGUUUGUCUGAUCCAUCAUACUGCAGUAUUAGCCUUGCCAAGUGAAAUUCAGACGCCUUCGGAUGCAUCGCAAAUACCUAACUUCCCGGGGCCUGGUGACAUUCCAAAGCCACCCGGUAUGCUGCACAGUCGGGUAUCACGUCAAGCUCCACCUGAAAUUCCCGGACAAGAUCAGUUUCCUCCCCCGCCACCCCCACCGCCUCAAAUGCCACAGACGAGAUCCCGUCGAAACGCAAGAACAUCGAACGAAAUGACAAACACUCUGCCGACAUUACAAUCAAUAUCGUACAUAUCGAUGGCACGGGAAAAACGAGCCGCCAAGGGAACCGGAGGAAAGCUUCCCAGUAAGGCUGGAUAG